AUGAGUGCUACAGUUACUGGCUAUGUUGCCGGGCGAGUUGAAAUCAAACGGCGUGAAAAUCGCUGCAUCCUCAAGGUUGUGCGAGCCAAGCCUGAUCAAGAAGGAGAAUAUAGUUGCGUCGUGGAGGGCGACGAGACCUACAUUGAUGUGGCCGUCGAGGAUCCAGACUGGUUUUUCACGCGCGAUCUUAAAGCACAGAAUGCUCUACAGUAUGAUGAAGAAGUGGCUUUCGAGUGCGAGGUCAAUGAAAAGGAAGCGGAAGUCAAGUGGAUCCGAAAUGACCAGGUUUGA